AUGCAAGAAACGGAGAAGGGCCCCUGGACGAACGUCGACCCAUCCUCUCCUGCCAGCGAUAUCGCCGUCGGACAAGUCGAAGAGCAGAGCAAGGUCAAGGGCAUGAUCCAGCGUCUCAAAGGACCGAAGAUCGAUCCAGAUGAGCUUGGUCGACAGCUUUUCGAAGAGUCUCAGCAGUACGAUGAGGCUCAACUGGAACGAGAUGCGGUCAAAGUAAGAAGAAAGUUAGACUUCUUACUGCUCCCGAUGGUACCAUAUCACCAACCCCAACCCCAACCCUACUUCCAUCGACGCCUAUUGACGCCCUACACGCAGAUGUGUGGCACAUAUUGCAUUUCCUUCUUAGAAAAACAGACCUUGAAUUACAGCAACAGCUAUGGUUUACAAGCGGAUGCCAACAUGACAGGCAAUGACUACGCCUGGGUGGCGUCGGCGUUGAACUUUGGCUGGCUGUUGGCUGCGUAUCCUUGGAAUUUGGCCCUGCAAAGAUUCCCAAUAGGUCGGCUGAUUGGAGUAAUGCUCUUCGUCUGGGGCAGUGUGUGCAUGCUGCAAGCAGCAGUCUUCGACUUUGGCGGCUUUUUCACUGUGCGCUUCUUCAUGGGUGCAUUGGAGGCAGUCGUCAGCCCGGCGUUCAUUCUGCUCACGUCCAUGUUCUGGGAGAAAGAAGAACAGAGUCUGCGAUCGAGCUUCUGGCUGGCAUGCAACGGUUUCUCUUCGAUCAUUGGGGCUUUGCUGGCGUAUGGGUCGGGACAUGCGGAGGGCUUGAUCAUUCCGAAUUGGAAGCUGAUCUACCUCAUUGUUGGCUGCAUGUCAUUUCUUUGGGGUAUCGUGAUCGUCGUCUACCUCCCCGACGGCCCACACAACGCCAAGAUGCUCACCCACUACGAGAAAGUCGUCUGCGUCUGGCGAGUCUCGCGCAACCGCAUCGGCCUGAAAUCCAACGGAUUCAAACCCACUCAGAUCCGCGAAGCCCUCCUCGACCCCAAAUCCUGGCUCCUCUGGCUCAUGGCCGCAGCCGUCGGCAUUCUCAACGGCGGCGUCGCGAACUUCGCCUCUGCCUUGAUCAAAGGCUUCGGCUACGACGCCCUGCUCACGAGCUUAAUGCAAACCCCAGGAGGAGCUUUCGAGAUAGUGGGCUGCAUCAUGUUCGGAUACCUCUCCAAGUCCAACGGCUGGCUGUGUCCUGCUAUCCUCCUCUCCUGCCUUCCUGGCAUGGCCGGCUUGAUCGGCAUCCUUACCAUCCCCAUCGAACAUCGCCUCGCUCUGACCGCCAUGGCCUGGCUCCAAAACGUCCUAGGCGCACCGAUCAUCCUCUGCUGGACCCUCCCUGGCGUACACACAGCCGGCCACACGAAACGCGCCGCCGUAUUAGGGAUCUUCUUCGCAAUGUACUGUGCCGGCAACAUCGCCGGCCCUCACCUCUUCCUCGACUCCGAAGUACCGCGGUAUCCUACCGCCAUCAAAGGUCUACUGGGCGCUUACGCGGCUAUGAUCGUGUUCACGGCGGCGUAUUGGGCGAUUUGUGCGGCGAGCAAUAAGACGAGAGAUCGGAGGGGUGAGAGGGCGGAUCUUGUGCAGGAGGGUUUGGAGGGGUUUGAUGAUUUGACGGAUGGGGAGAAUCAUCAUUUUAGGUAUCGGCUUUGA